AUGUUGCCAUAAUAAAUUAUUUAUAGAUAAGUUAGGCAUUCCCCUUAAAAAAUUUUAAGAUAAUCCACAAUUCUUCCACAUCAAUAAUUAAGAGCAUCAACUCCGAUUAGACAAUAAAGAUCGUACUCUCAUUUUGAUUAACAACCUUAAAGCAGUAUGAAAAAACAAUAAGAAAAUUUUGAAAGGGAAAAUGAUCUAUUAAGAGAAAAAGUAAAAUAAUUGAAGCAAUAGAUAGCCACUCUUGAACAAAAUUAUUAAAAUAAUGCAGAAGUUGAAGAAUAAUAUAUAGUUGCUCUAAGGAUAUUUUAGUAAUUGAAAAUCGAGUCUGAAUAAUUAAGAUUAGAGCUUUCUUAUAUAAAAUAGGAGAACAAUCUGCUUAAAUCAAAAUUAAAACAAAUUAAUUAUUGA